CUUAAAAUCACGGAACCGGUCAUACCGUACGUCAAACAGCGCAUCGUCAUUGGAAGUGCACGAAUUAGAGACGCACUGAAAUUAUUAAGCCUGUCGGUGUUCACAUUUCACGGAAAUCAUUCUUAAAGUUAAAAUAUCACGGCGCGUGAUAAGAAGAUAGUCGCGUGUAGAUCGUAAUUGACGAUCCGUGAAUUUCAUAAUUUCUUUUUCGUAAAAUUUUAUUUUUCAUAAAAUUUUGCCAUAUUGAACGUGUCUCGAAAUUAUCGGUCGCCAUGCGUCUUCGCGAUCUCGUCUUUAACGUUUUGCUGAUCUCGAUCGUUCGUUUCUCGACGGCAUUGCCGCCGCUCUACCCGCCUACGCCGGAUAGAUUGUUGAUCUUGCGACUGUUGCCAGAAUCGGUAAGGACCUUGCAUAGCAUACCGGACAGAUGGAGGAUAAUGCACCAUCCACCAUUCAGGGCACCGCAGAUGGAGAUCCAGAUGAUGAAGGGUGAAGUCUCACCAGACGAAAAUUGGAUGUUCGCCAACGAAUAUAAAUACUCGGGCAGGGAUUAUGAAUCCCCGACACUGAGGAUUAACGACAAGAAAAUUGAACAUGGCAACGUGAAAGCGAACGAAAACGAGAAAAGCAACAAUGCCGACAUUCAAGAGAACAUCCCGCUUUCUGACAAUUGGGUCCCGCCGAUUGGCUCCAGGAAUGUUAUUGCAGGGCCACAGUAUUGCGACAAAGGACAAAGAAUGGAUAUUAAUGGAAAAUGUAGAGGUGUCAUAGAGUCUCGUGCCUAAUAAUAAACAAGAGGCAAACGAUUAAUUGGAAAUAAUAAAAACUGACUUCACGCACAUUAAUAAUAACUUAACUUUGCAAAAUGCUAAAGUAUUGAGAGAUUAUUUAGAAUGUGGAAAGCGUUAAAAUGUAAAUGUGCAUGUGUGUAAAAUUUUCCUUUGUUCUCUAUUAAUAAAAUUCUGUAGAGGCUAAGUUAACUGGUUCGUUACUAAAUACAUAUGUCUAAUAACAAAUGUAAUAGACUAAGCAAGGAUGAUUAAUAAUUCAUUAAACUAAUUAAGAAUCCAAUGCAUGGAUGAUGUAUUUAAUUUGUAUAAUAAACGGAUUGCAAAUGUAAA